GUUACAAACAAAAGUUAAAGAUCGAUCACUUUCAGUAAAAGCCAAAGCCAAUGGAGCAGAGAAGGACUGGUAGGUCAUUAGCAUUUCUCAGUCAAAUAAAGAAUGGACUUUUCAGUAAAAGACAAUGAACAAUACAGGGCUGGUAGGAAGCAACACUAGCUUACUAGUACAAAAUGAAAGUGGAGGUUUUUGGAUUAGAUAAGAUUCUCUUCUAUACAAAAGGAUGCAAUUUUCGAUCUUCUUCUCAAGGAAGAGGAUACAAUUAAGAAUACCAUUUGAUAAAAAACAGUGAAGAACAGAAAGAAAGUGAGAGAUGGCACAUGGUGGUGGUGCUGCUGCUGAUGUUAUGGCAUGCAAACAAGAAGAAGAAGAAGAAGUAGAGAACAAGGCUGCUUGGCUUCUUGGGAUCAAAACCCUAAAGAUUCAGCCUUACCAUCUUCCUCCUCUUGGUCCUCUUGAUGUUAAAGUAAGGAUCAAAGCACUUGGUAUAUGUGGAAGUGAUGUUCAUCACUUCAAGACAAUGAGAUGUGCAAGCUUUGUUGUCAAGAAGCCAAUGGUUAUAGGACAUGAAUGUGCUGGGAUCAUAGAAGACGUUGGGAGUGAAGUGAAGUCUCUAGCUGUUGGUGAUCGAGUAGCAUUGGAACCUGGAAUCAGUUGCCGAAGAUGCAAUCUUUGCAAAGAAGGUCGCUACAAUUUAUGUCCAGAGAUGAAGUUCUUUGGUUCUCCACCAACCAAUGGCUCUCUAGCUAACAAGGUAGUGCAUCCUGCGAAUCUUUGUUUCAAACUACCAGACAAUGUGAGCCUGGAGGAAGGAGCUAUGUGUGAGCCCCUCAGUGUUGGUGUCCAUGCCUGUCGCCGUGCACAAAUUGGUCCUGAGACAAAUGUAUUGAUCAUGGGAGCAGGACCAAUAGGCCUCAUCACUUUGCUUGCUUCUCGUGCAUUUGGCGCCCCUAGAGUGGUGAUUGUUGACGUUGAUGAUCGCCGUUUAUCCAUUGCAAAGAAUCUUGGUGCAGAUGAGAUCAUUCAUGUCUCAACAAAUAUUCAGGAUGUCGAUGAAGAGGUAAUAAAGAUACAAAAUGCUAUGGGUUCAGGAAUUGAUGUGAGCUUUGAUUGUGUUGGAUACAACAAAACCAUGACUACAGCCCUGAAUGCCACUCAAUCAGGUGGUAAAGUUUGCCUUAUUGGUUUGGCCCUGACUGAGAUGACUGUCCCUCUUACCCCAUCAGCUGCAAGGGAGGUGGAUGUUAUUGGCAUAUUCCGGUACAGGAACACAUGGCCGCUCUGUAUUGAAUUCUUGAAAACCGGCAAGAUUGAUGUUAAGCCUUUGAUAACUCACAGAUUUAGGUUCUCACAAGAGGAGGUAGAACAAGCCUUUGAGACUAGUGCUGGUGGUGGCAAUGCCAUUAAGGUCAUGUUUAACCUGUAAGGAUUAUAGCUAAGGUAUCCAUUUGUAUAGCCAGUAAGGAAGCACAUAUUCUAAGCUUUCUCUAUUGGAUUUUUUAUCCAUUUGCAGAAAGCUAAUCUAAGUAUGUGUAAGCUAAUAAAUAAGGCACUGGAAAAUUUGCUCU